GACGGGUGCUUUCAUGAAUUGGUUAUUAAACGAGCCUGGCAAUAGACUUUGAGUUGUUUUCUGUCAAGUUUUGGACAAGCUUUCUUUCCAGAGGUUGAACACCUUCCUUGAAACUCCGCUUAACACCGAAAGCACGCCAACUUGCGGAGCUCUCGUACCUCCUCCGAGCUUCGUUCAACCACCAAGUUCACGACAGCAUCAUGGCUUAUAUAGCACCGAUCCAUCGACCUAGCAGCGUCAGAAAUGCUCUCAAAUUAAAUUUCCUAGCACCAGAUGAGGACUGUCUUGUGGUUGCCAAGGCCAACCGGCUCGAAUUCUAUACCCACAGUCCCGAUGGACUGGCUCUUCAGCACUCUAAGUCUAUAUAUGGCAGAGUGACUAUGCUUCAGAAGCUUCGACCGGCGCUAUCCCCUACCGAUCACCUCUUCGUCGGUACCGACCGAUUUAUGUACUUUACCCUUUCCUGGAAUGCAGAUAAGAAGCAACUUCAGACGGAAAAGACCUUUGGAAGCGUAGCUGAUAAUGCGGCUCGAGAAUCACAGACUGGAGAGAGGUGCCAUGUCGAUCCUUCGGGGCGAUUCUUGACGCUAGAAGUUUACGAGGGCAUUAUCACCGUUAUUCCAUUAGUCCAGCGGGGUAAAAAGAGGAAACAGGAAUCAGAACAUGUGGGGGAGCCCGUUCCCUCUAGAGUGUCUGAGAUGUUUGUGCGGUCAUCCGGAUUUGUGCGGCCGAGAAGUCAAGAUGAUAAGCCGAAGCUGGCAUUGUUAUACGAGGACACCCAUUCUCGCGUUCAAUUGAAGCUUCGAGAGCUCUCAUUUGCGGGGCCCGACUCUAUCGAGCUGGAUGAAGGCGAAAACUACAAAGGGGAACUGGAACUUGGUGCUAGUCAUGUAAUACCCAUUGACGCUCCUGCUUCUGGCCUGAUCAUCCUUGGUGAAACAUCGAUCAGUUACUACAAUGACACGACAGGCGAAAUGAUAACAGAGCCUCUAGAGGAUGCCACAAUUUUCGUAGCCUGGGAACGCAUUGAUAGCCAACGUUUCCUCUUCGCAGACGACUAUGGGCGUUUAUAUCUUUUCAUGGUGCUAUUGGAUAGCCGCGAUCAAGUUCAGUCGUGGAAGCUGGAUGCAAUUGGUCAAACAUCAAGAGCAUCGGUUUUGAUCUACCUUGACGCAGGGCUAGUCUUCGUCGGUUCCCACCAAGGCGAUUCCCAAGUGCUGAGAAUCGGCGACAAGUCGGUAGAUGUUGUACAAACCAUUUCAAACAUCGCACCAAUUCUCGACUUUGCUAUAAUGGACAUGGGUAAUCGAUCUGGAGAGGGCCAGGCCAAUGAGUAUUCAUCUGGGCAGGCUCGAAUAGUCACAGGAAGUGGAGCAUACCAAGACGGUAGCCUCAGAAGUGUUCGCAGCGGCGUAGGUCUUGAGGACCUCGGGGUGCUUGGAGAGAUGGAUCACAUCACAAAUCUGUUCAAUCUGAGGUCAAGCUCAUUGUCCAGCCAUGACGACGUUCUGUUGGUCACAUUCGUGACAGAAACACGCGUUUUCCGGUUCGAUGGACAGGGGGAUGUUGAAGAGAUAGACGAAUUCGCUGGGCUACAGUUGAUGGAAACCACACUUGCUGCAGCAAAUGUCUCCCAAGGUCGCAUUGUACAGGUUACAGGCUCCCGCGUCCAAAUAACCGACUUGGACGGUGGCAUGGUCGUAGCGGAGUGGCCUGCCCCGAACGGCCAAAGUAUCACCGCCGCCGCUUCGAACGAUACCCAUGUGCUCAUCUCUUUGGGCGGUGUUACGGUGGUAGUCCUUGACAUUGAGGGGGGCUUAACUGUGAUCAAAGAAAAAGCUUUCGGUGCUGAUAGCCAGGUAGCAUGCGUAGCUUUGGCUCCCGGCUCAAGCGCCGUGUGCUUCUUGGGGUUCUGGCACAAUUCGAGAUUAUCAGUUGCCGCGAUAGAUACUCUAGAAUCGGUCAAAGAUAUUCAUAUCUCUGAAGAUUCGGUUCCCCGAUCAAUUCUUCUUGCUCAGAUCUUUGAUCUACAAUCCCCGACGUUGUUUGUCGCAAUGGCCGAUGGAAAUGUCGUUACAUACUCCUUCAAUCCUAAGAACAAUCAGCUCUCUGGACGCAAAAGCAUCAUUCUGGGAACACAACAGGCGAAUUUCCGGGCACUACCGCGUGGCGAUGGCUUGUUUAAUGUUUUCGCUACAUGUGAGCAUCCCUCACUCAUAUACGGCUCAGAGGGACGCUUGGUGUACUCUGCCGUAACCGCUGAGAAGGCAACGACCGUCUGUCCAUUUGAUUCGGAAGCCUAUCCCGGCUCUGUCGCCAUAGCUACGACUAGCGAUCUGCGUAUUGCUCUCGUUGACACCGAAAGAACCACCCACGUACAGACACUCAAAGUCGACGAGACUGUCCGAAGAAUUGCAUACUCCGGCACAUCGAAAGCUUUUGGUCUCGGGACAAUCAAGAGAGUUCUCAAGGGCGGCGAAGAGAUCUUGAUUAGCCACUUCAAACUUGUUGACGAGAUUCAAUUCAAGGAGCUGGACACAUUCAUGCUCAAAGAACAGGAGCUUGUCGAGAGUGUCAUGCGUUGCGAGUUACCAGAUGGAUCUGGAUCGACAAGUGAGCGUUUCGUCGUCGGAACCGCGUAUUUGGAUGAUCAAAGUGCCGUUGCAGAACGCGGGCGAAUCCUUAUCCUCGAAGUCACUGAAGAUCGCGUGCUCAAACUGGUCACCGAGCUCGCGGUCAAAGGGGGCUGCAGAUGCCUGGCUAUGUGUGAAGGCAAGAUCGUUGCAGCACUCAUCAAGACGGUCGUUAUCUAUGAUGUCGAGUAUCGUAGUGAAGGCCGACCAGAGCUCGUAAAAGCUGCAUCCUUCCGCUGUUCUACUGCCCCUAUCGACCUCAUCGUCAAUGGUACUUUAAUCACAAUCGCCGAUCUCAUGAAAUCUAUCGUGGUAGUCCAAUACGAACGCGGUGAAAGUGGACUCUCCGAUCGCAUCACAGAAGUCGCUAGGCACUUCCAAACCACAUGGGCCACUGCCGUCGCUGAAGUGGAUGAUGAUACCUAUCUCGAAAGCGAUGCUGAAGGCAACCUUCUCGUACUCAGCAGAGAUCCCAAUGCAGAAAUUGAUGACCACAGGCGGCGACUGAUGAGGACAUCUGAGAUGCUGCUCGGUGAAAUGGUGAACAGGAUACGGAGAAUCGACGUAGUAGCUCCGCCAGGUGCUGUCGUCGUUCCGAGAGCUUUCAUGGCGACUGUUGAGGGUUCUUUAUACUUGUUUGGCCUCAUUUCACCUUCCUACCAGAACCUUCUCAUGCAACUGCAAGCACGGCUUGCGGAACUUGUACAGGGUCCGGGCCAAGUCGAAUUCAUGAAAUAUCGCGCAUACAAGAACCAAGUCAGAGAGGCAGAGGAGCCGGAGCGUUUUGUCGAUGGAGAGCUAAUUGAAAGAUUCCUGGACGAGAGCGAGGAAGUGCAGAAGCAAGCCAUAGACGGCUUGGGGGUUGAUCUGGAGGAGGUGAGGGGUAUAGUGGAAGGCUUACGGAGAUUACACUGAGGUGAAAACGGCCGGAUCUGUUUGAUAGGCAUAUCACGAGUGCAUAGUGAAUAGAAUUUUACAAGAC